UUGCAAGGUUUCUCUGUUCAUUUUAUAAACAGAGCUCUCUGGUCACACUAACCUUGGCUGAACACAGAUGAUGGCGCUUCGUCUCCUCUCUACACUGAUCCUGCUCUCUACCUGCAGCUCUGUCUGUGGACUGAUGAUCUCCAAGGUUUUGGGAAACGAUGUUAAAUUCCCUUUUAGCGCGUCAUGUGGAGCAGAGAAGACUCAGCGUCUGUUCCUCCAUGUGAGAGGUUCUCCCCCCCGGCUGGUAGCGUCUCGGACUGGAGCUCAGGUCUCUCCUGGACCACUUUACACUGACAGACUGAACCACAGUGACUCUCUUCUCCUCCUGAAACACGUGAGGAUGAACGACGCCGGACUCUACCAGCUGACAUGUAACGACCGUGUAGAGACUCUGAUGGAGCUGCAGCUCUUCUUCCCGGUGGAAACGGUCUCUGCUGAGGGUCAAACCGUGGAUCUCCCGUGUCAUUCCGUUACACUCGGUGGAUCCGUGGAGAGUGUGAAGUGGGAGAAGAGCAGCGGACAGGUGGUGCUGGAGGUGGACGGACUCUCUGGAAGCUGGACUCCGGGGGAAGAGUUUCAAGGAAGCCGGCUGUCAGUGUCCAGGGACUGGAAGGAAACAGGGGACUUGUCGCUCCGGAUGGAGGUGAAGGAGGAACACGGAGGACUUUUCUUCUGCUCGGUAACAGAAGGCAGAGUGAAGACCUCGAAGGCAGCAGUGAGGCUGACAGUCAGACCGAACAUCACGGAUCCAGAGAGCAGCGAGACCAGCGAGCAGCCUCAGGAGUCACACUGUGCUGAGACUUAUUGGCGCAAACUCUUCAUCACAGCAGCAGUUGUCCUGAGCCUCAUUCUGCUUCUGUUCAUGGCUGCUGCUGGAUGUUUUCUGAAAAGAAUCAGGCAACGUGUUCUGAAGGCAUCAUCACAAGACAGAAAGAAAGAAGACGAGUGCAACACAGAUGGAAUUCCUCUGAACCCAAGAGAGGCUGAAGAAGGUCUGUCCUCUUCAGGAUCAGACACAAGGAUUCAGCCACUCAGACCCCAUCACCCGCUGAUCAACCAGGGAGCCACAUGUUAUCUGAGCAGCAUCCUGCAGGUUCUCUUCAUGACCCCUGAGUUCCACCACAGGUUGAAUCCAUCAAACACCUUAGAUCAGCAGCUGGAAGCCACCUUCAAGAGCCUGAAAGAAAGAUCAUGUGGAACAGAAAACAUCACAGACAGUCUGGACAUAAAGAACGUCUAUCAACAGCGAGACGCUGCUGAAUGUCUGGAGAGGAUUUUGAAUAAAGUCAGUCCUGAGGCCUCGCAGGUUUUCAAAGGCCAGCUGAAAGACACUACAAGAUGCUCCAAAGGUCACGUGAUCAUGGAAGAGACCAGUCCUUUCUUCACCCUGCCACUGUCGCUCCAAGGCGGACAUGAAGCACCCUGCAGCCUGAAGACCAGUUUCAGUGAGUUUUUCCUCAGGACAGAACACACUGGAGACGACAUGGUGUACUGCACAGAAUGCAGCCAGAAGACAGAGGGGAGCAGUGGAUACGAGAUGGUGGACUCUCCUCAAAUCAUGACUCUUCUCCUCAAGAGGUUUUACUUUGACUUCAACACCAAGUCAGACAUGAAGUCAAACUGCUGUGUGGAAGUGCCGUUUAAAAUCCAAGCCAUGGAUCAGAGCUACACCCUGUACGGGAUGGUGAAUCACAUGGGCAGUCUCGGAGGUGGACACUACACUGCCACCGUCUGGAGCAGGGAGGACAACACCUGGUACCACUGUGAUGACGGUCAGGUGACUGAGGUGGAGCAACAGGAGUUUGGAAGCAAUGAGACGUACAGGUCCCGUUCUGCAUAUCUGCUCAUGUACAGAGCUUCAGAGGCGGAUCGAGGAGUUCAUCAAAGAGGAGGACAAACCCAAACCCCACAAACAAAGAUUUAGGAGGAGACCCGUCUUCAUCGGUCUUAUUGUGCUUGGCUGUAUUUUACUUGUGGUGCUUAUUGUCCUAUUUCUACUGAUCAGAGUCAUGUGAAAGAGAACUGUUCAGAAACAUGAUGAUUUCAGUUUUUAAAGCAGAAUCUGUGGAGCCAAGAGAUUUCAUACAAUUACAGGAUUCACUUUAAUGUUGAUGAGUUCAUCACUGACAGCUCUGCUCUAUUAGAUUUGAAAUACAUUUUAGAUAUGGCGAAGCAGUUUUUAGUAACAAUGCAUUUGAAAUAAAAUGCCUCCUUCUCAGUAAAAAUAAUAAUGCAAAAGAUAAUGCCUUCUUUAUCACCCAUCAAGUCCCACCCCACAUGUCCGCGUUCACUUUUUAACUUUUAAAUCACGUUUAUUCAACAUUUUCAACUGAAAACACAAAACUAUUUUUGUGUUUUUUUACUGCGGUCAAGCCCGCCCUCAUUUCAGAAAGCACGGUCAACCUAGCACUCAAUUGACUCUGUGGUGCGCGCAUACUCUGUGCAUUACGGGAACAGCGUUUUCACAGUGACUUCACAAUAAAAGUUGGGUUAAGUUGAAUGAGAUCUUCCUCAUUCAACAGGAGGCAGUUUGCAGGCACAGGUCCAGGUUUGCCAAGAACAUAUAAGGUGAGUAUUGGGGAUACAGUGGUCUCUCGUUUAUUGCAGGGGUUAGGUUCCAAAAUAGCCCGUACUAAAUGAAAUGUGCAAAGUAGGAUUUCACCCAUUUUUAUCAUUACCUCCGCCAGGCCUGGAGGUUAUGUAAUCACGUGGGUUUUUUGGUUUGUUGGUUGGUUGGUCUGUUAGCAACAUUAGGGAAAAAGUAAUGGACGGAUUGUAAUGAAACUUUGUGGAAAGGUGGGUCUUGGACUAACUUAGAAUCCAUUAAAUUUUGGUGAUGAUCCAGAUCACUGUCUGGAUCCUAGGUGCUGUAGUGUGUAUUACUUUCUUCUGUUGAUUUGAUAAACAUAAACAUACUCAAAAGUGUGUAGUUUAUUCAAGAAAACAUGAUGUAAGAUAGGAUUUCAAUUGAUUACUAUAAAUGUUUCCAUUCUUCACAGAUAUGUUUUUGGGUUAUACCUGCAGUUCAUACUUUACACCAGCAGGUGGUAUAAUUGUUUCUAGUAUUGAUUUAUUUUAUAAAAAACAAAAACAACAUGCAUUUCUUGGAUGCACUGUAUAACUAUGUUGGCAUGUUUUUGCCCGAUCUCCACAAUACUCUUUUUAUAAAAAGAAAAACAGGAACUGUAUAAGUUCAGCAUCAUUAUGCAGUAAAAUAUUUUUUCUUGUCCAUGCAGGGUCCAGUGAGUGGAAAAAGAAAAAACAACUGGAUGGAGCAACUGUCCAGAGCUCUGCUGGACCAUAAAGUGAGCCAUGGGGACAUGAAAGCCUUUUGAAUAAACUGACUUGGAUUUUCCAUUGUCCAAUCAAGCACUUGUAUGAGGGAGAGCAUCAGCGGAAAGACUUCACACCCUUGAAUCGUCCUACAGGAGAUGGGUCCCUCCUUCAUGAGUUAGGAUUAUUGAAAGUAACAAUAUUGCAUCUGGUUCUACCAGAGUUUUUCCCAUGCAGUUGAGGGAGGAUCUGAGGAUGGAAGACGCCAAGAGACAACAGUCCACAUUAUUUGUGACUCUUUGUUACACUGUCUAAGAUGGUUUGUUCUGCACUUUUUAGACUGUGUUUGAAUGUAAUUACCUCACUCACUGCUACAAUUAGAGAAGAAAUUAAAAGAAUGCUCCAAACCAAUCUAUUCACAACAUAUUGUCUACUUACGGAGGUAUUAAUGUUUUUGAUAUUUAAAUGUUUUUUAAUUAAAUUUCUGUCUUUAUCUUGUUUUGAAAAAAAUGCAAUAAACUGUUGAUCUUA